GACUGGCCAUACAUCAAAGGCCGGUCAGGGCGCUCGGUAGACAGAGGGAGGUGGCGAAGAGAAAGCCGCAGAGGAGGCCCUCUUGAGGAAGAGGCGGAGGACUCAGACUGUAGAAUAGUAUGCUCAGUCCUCCGAUGCGGGGAAAAGGCAGGGAGAGCCCCGAUCUUUAGCUCUGAUGGCCCGGUUAGAUGAGGAGCUAUUCCAAGCUUUUUACACCGACCUGAAUGAGGUCAGCUGGAUCGGUCAGGAGUGGUUCACCCGGCUUGUCAAAUCCAAGGAUGAGGAGAAAGCCUGGUUGGAGGGCAUGAUGGUGGCCUGCCAGAAGGAGGCAAAGGCCGCCUAUCAGAAGGCGGAGAAGGCUGAAGAGAAGCUGAUGGAGCAUUGUGCUGCCUAUCAGAAGCUCUAUGCCAAGCACGACGAGUUGCUGAAGGCCUCUAAAGAGGCUGAUGCCCAAGCUCAAGAGAAGAUCCAGGAGCUUGAGGGGGAGAAGGCCGAACUGAAGGAGAAGACCGCCCAAUUUACCGACGAGAUUACCUAGCUAAGGGCCGAGCUGGAAAAGGAGCGUGCUGACCGGGCCUCGCUUGCUGCUGCCUGGGCUGCCCAAGAGCCAGAGUAGUUUGCCGCCCGGGCGAUUCCAGACCGGGAGACUGCGAUCCGGUUCUUCCAGGGUCUCUUCAAGCAUGAAGUGUCCCCCAAGGUCGUAGUUGAGAUCGGGACCUUUGGUUUUGAGAGUGGCCAUUACGAGGAACGCUGGGCGCUCUAUGGUAUUCU